UCAGAGAUAAGGUGGCGGAUGACUAACGCUGUAUCAAACCAAGUUCUAAGUAACUAAGCGCGAACAUUUCUUUCCACAAACUCUAACCAGAUAUCAGCGACAGCCAUAGAGGAUUUCAGAUAUUUUCAGAUAUUUUUAUUGGAUUUUCAGACAAGAAUUAUGGAGAAAAUUCGGGUCUGCACAUGAAAUAUUACUGUCACGCGAAGACUGAACCCAAAUGACACGCGUGAAGCGCCCGAACCCGGACAGCAUGGCCAAGACGAAACCCAACCUAUCCACGUGGGAGAUUAGCCUGCUCGUCUUUCUCAUCUCCUCCGGUAUCCAGACAGGAGCAAGCCAGUCGCAAAGUGUCUACUUCCUUCCCGAGUUUGCGUUGUCUCCGCAGGGGAGCUUCCUAGAGGACACGACAGGGGAGCAGUUCCUGACCUUCCGCUACGACGAUCAGGCUUCCAGGACCACACGCUCCGAUGAGGAGAGGGACAACGGCUGGGACGCCUGGGGAACCUGGAGUGACUGCUCUCGCACCUGCGGGGGCGGGGCGUCCUACUCCCUGCGCAGGUGUCUGAAUGGAGGCAACUGUGAAGGAAGAAACAUUCGAUACAGAACAUGCAGUAACAGGGAUUGUCCAGCUGAAGCAGGGGACUUCAGGGCCCAGCAGUGCUCUGCUCAUAAUGAUGUCAAGUACCAGGGGAACACGUACGAGUGGAUCCCAGUCACCAACGACCCCACUGCCCCCUGUGCCCUCAAAUGCCAGGCGCGGGGCAAGAGCCUGGUGGUGGAGCUGGCACCCAAAGUGCUGGACGGCACUCGCUGCAAGACGGACUCCUUCGACAUGUGCAUCAGUGGGAUCUGUCAGGAGGUGGGAUGUGAUCGACAGCUCGGGAGCAACGCCAAGGAGGACAACUGCGGCGUCUGCGCGGGGGACGGCUCCGCUUGCCGGCUGGUGAGGGGACAGACCCUGUCACACGUCUCUCCUGAAGAAUCGGUGAAAACUGUGAUUGAAGUUCCCCUGGGAAGCCGCAGCAUGAGAAUCACAGCCAAGGGACCGGAUGUCGUUAUCUUGGAGUCCCACACACUUCAGGGGCGAAGGGAGGAGCACAGUUUCAGCUCAACGGGGCAGUACGUCAUAGAGAACACCACAGUGGACUUCCAGAGGGGGUCGGACAGACAGACACUCCGGGCCCAUGGACCCCUCAUGGCAGACUUCAUUAUAAAGGUGAAGUACAUCUCUCCCAGAGACACUCUGGUCCAGUUCAUGUUCUACCAGCCCAUCCGGUACCAGUGGAGGGAGACAGACUUCUUCCCCUGUACCGUCACUUGUGGAGGAGGUUAUCAGCUCAACUCGGCUGAGUGCGUGGACAUCCGCUACAACCGCGUGCUACCGGACCAUCACUGCCGCAGCUACCCCGAGAACAAGAAGCCCAAACCUAAGCUGAAGGAGUGCAACAUGGACCCAUGUCCAGAGAGUGAUGGCUUCAAAGAAGUUAUGCCAUAUGAUCACUACCAGCCUCUUCCACGCUGGGAGCACAACCCGUGGACGGCGUGCUCGGUGUCGUGCGGCGGGGGCAGCCAGGAGAGGAGCGUGCUGUGUGUGGAGGAGGACGUGCACGGCCUCAUCUCCCAGGUGGAGGAGUGGAAGUGCACGCACUCCACCCGGCCCGAGAUCCGGCAGGCCUGCAACACCUUCGACUGCCCCCAGUGGGUGGCCAUGGAGUGGUCUCAGUGCACAGUUACCUGUGGCCGUGGCUUGCGUUACAGAGUGGUUCUGUGCAUUGAUCACAGAGGGCAGCACACCGGAGGGUGCAACGCAGGGCUGAAGCCUCACAUUAAAGAAGACUGCCUGGUGCCCAUUGCAUGCUUCAAGCCUCGAGAAAAGCUUCCUGUGGAAGCGAAGCUGCCUUGGUUAAAACAAGCCCAGGAGCUGGAGGAGCCCAGAGCCGCUUCGGAGGAGCCGACGUUUAUCCCUGGGCCUUGGUCGCCCUGCAGCACUACCUGUGGGCCGGGCCUUCAGAACCGCAUGGUGAAGUGCAGGGUGCUGCUCACCUUCUCCCAGGUGGAGGUGGACCUCCCGGAUGAGGAGUGUGGGGAGGAGAAGCCUGCAAUGGAGAGAGUCUGCAACCCCGGCCCCUGCGGCGGGACCCCCGCUGUCCAGCGGCCCCUCACCCCUCCCCACCAGGGAGGGCAGCGCUUCGAGUGGGAGUACGGAGGCUUCACCGCCUGCUCUUCGUCCUGUGCAGUCGGGAAACAAGAAGCCGUUGUGAGGUGCCUGGACAGACAGAGGGGCGAGGAGGUGGACGAUGGCUUCUGCGACCAAUCCAGCAGGCCACCUGCGAUGAUACGCAUCUGCAACCCUGAUCCGUGUCCCCCGAGGUGGGAGUUCACCCCGUGGAGCCGGUGCUCUGCGACGUGUGGGGUCGGGAUCCAGACCAGGAGCGUGUACUGCACACGGCUCGUGUCCCAGGACCCCGUGGACACGUUCGCCGUGGACGACAGGGAGUGCCGGGACGUGAAGCCGCCCGUGCUGAGGUCCUGCGACCAGGCGGACUGCCCGCCGAGCUGGCACGCCGAGGAGUGGCAGGAGUGCUCGCACACCUGUGGGGGAGGGACCCAGUCACGCAAGGUCCACUGCAAGCAGCAGCUCUCCAAUGGUGGCUUCAGGAAGCUUCCGGACGAGUCCUGCAGCGGGACCAAGCCUGCGGCCCACAAGCCCUGUGCCCGCACAGACUGCCCCCCUCAGCUGGUGGGAGGAGAGUGGUCCAAGUGCUCUGUGAGCUGUGGGACAGGCAUCCAGAGGAGGGAGCCGGUGUGUCGCAGGCUGACAGCCGGGGGACAGUCCCUCACUCUGGCCAGAGAGGCAUGCAGCAGCCUCCCCCCGCCAGCCCUCGUCAGGACCUGUCCCAUGAUCCCCUGCACCAAGCACAAAAAGGAGAAGAAGCCCAAACAGCCGACGAGGCGCGGGCCCCAGAUCCUGGGCCUCCACCGCAUCUACAUCCAGACCCGACAGGAGAAGCGCAUGCACUUCACCAUUGGAGGGAGAGCCUACCUGCUGCCCAAAACCUCCGUGGUCAUCAAGUGCCCGGUGCGGAGGUUCCCCAAGCUCAACAUCAGGUGGGAGAAGGACGGCCAGGCCCUGCUCAACUCUAAGCGCCUGGGCAUCACCAAGUCCGGCUCCCUGAAGAUCCACAGCCUGGAGGCGGCCGACAUUGGGGUCUACCGCUGCGUGGCCGGCCCUGUCUCGGAGACCUUCAUUCUGAAGCUCAUCGGGAACGACAACAGGCUGAUCGAGCCGCCGGAGGGGCGGGGUCAGAAGGCGGGGCACGGUGGCGCGCUGACCAAGCUGGACCUGAAUGAGGCCAGCCGCCUGGAGGAGAAGUGGAACCGCAUGAGCAAGAUGUGGCAGAGCUGGAGCCAGAAGAAUGAGUUUUACCUGGACGACGGCCAGGCCCAGGACGGGGCCUUUCUGCAGGUUCUCGGCAGCUACUUGACAAGCUCCGCUCAGGCUGGCCCCGCCCCGCCGCUUCCUGACAAACACCUUGAGGCCGCGAUCCUACAAGGUGCCUACAGCUUGGAGCCCGGGCAGUUUGAGGAGCUGGUGAGGAACAUAAGCCAGCUUGCCGAGAAUGGGGGCGUGGCCGACGACGUGGCCUCACGGCUCAUACACAAGCUGAUGGCCGAGAUGUUCGGAUCCCAGGCCACCACGGAGAAGUGGAAUAGGCCCACAGAGGAGAGCACCCCAAAAGGCAAGCUCAUCGACAGGACGCCCAACUCCUCAGAGCACAUGGGAGAAAAAGACACAGGAGGGCGCAGUAAGCCUGUUAUCAUUCGACACAAGCAAAAUCCCUUAAUGACCUUUCAGAAAAGCAUCAACAUGAGCAUCGGGAGAGGUGCCUUUCUGACAAACGCCACGCGGAGCGUCUUUCUGCUGUGUGCUGCCCAGGGCAUGCCAAAACCAGAGCUGUCUUGGACCAAGGAUGGAAAGCCACUACAAUUUACAGAAAGGGUAUCGUGGGAUAGCGCUGGAGGACUGCACAUCUCUGACCCCGGCCUGGGAGACGUGGGCGUGUACAGCUGCAGGGCCACAAAUGAGCUGGGGUCCGACACUGAGAGCUCGCAGCUGCUGUGGGCCGAACCACCCAAAAUCCUGGUCUCGGGGAGGGAUGUGUCGGAUCUGGAGAGCGGGACACUGAAGGCCGUGGUCGGGGGUCGGGUCAGCGCCCGCCUGGGGGCCAACGUCACACUGGAGUGUCCCGUGGCAGGUGUCCCCCAGCCAACAGUGAACUGGCGUAAAAGGGAAGGCCUAAUGACCACAAACGCAUUCCCCCUGCUCAAUGGCUCCUUGCUGCUCCGCAAUGUUUCGCUCGACAAUUUCGGGACAUACUCCUGCCUGGCUUCCAACCCCCUCGGAAAGUCCGAGGCGUCUAGUCUCCUCCACGUCUCCGGACAAUCCCUGGGCAGCCCCGCGGAGCGGCCCGAUCUCUCCGCGAGCCGCAAGCGAGUGCUAAUGGCCUCCCGCAUCGGCACCAGUGUCACUGUGAGGCCCGGGGACAUCCUGCGUAUAGGCUGCCCCGUCGUUCCAAGCCACAGAGACACAGUGAAGUGGUCUUUCCAGAACCAGACUCUGAAAGAGGCCUCGGGCCUGCAGUACAGGAUGCUAGUCGGGGGACGGGUGCUGGAGGUGAACACGCUCUUUGGAAAGUUUGAUGGCAGCUACAGAUGCCAGACCUCCACAGGCUCCCAGCCCGUGUCUGCCUGGGUCCGCGUGAGCCUAGAAGAGUAUGAGUGGAUGCUGGGGGACUGGACGCCGUGCAGCUCCAGCUGCGGAAACCGAGGGACACAGUCCAGGAGGGUGCGCUGCAUCAGCCCUGCAGGAGAGGAAGUGUCCCCGUCCCUGUGUCACCACCUCCCCAGGCCGGCGAGCGGAUCUCAGCCCUGCAACGCCCAGGACUGCCCUGCCAGCUGGGUCACCACCGUGUGGUCCAAGUGCUCCACUUCCUGUGGGCGGGGCUCCAGGCAGAGGCAGGUGUCCUGUCAGCAGGUGAAGGCCACGGGCGCCGUGAGGGUCCUCCCGCUGUCCGCCUGCAGCAGGGAGUCGAGGCCGUCCGACAGGGAGGAGUGCCAGUCAGACACCUGCACGGGGUGGCAGGCCAGCCCCUGGGGACAGUGCUCUGGACGGUGCCUUGGCCCCGCCCUGACGGUGCAGAGCAGACCAGUGGUGUGCAGGCACCUGAACGGCUCCACCCUCCCGGAGUCUCACUGCGAUGAGAGGGACAGGCCCCUCUCCGUGCGGAACUGCUCCUCGGAGAUGUGCAAUGUGCACUGGAAGACGGGCCCCUGGCGGGCGUGCACGGCGGCCUGCGGCAGCGGCUUCCAGUCCCGCCGGGUGGAGUGCGUGCACAGGAGGAACAACAAGACCCUGGCGGACCAGCACUGCGCCUGGCAGCGCCGCCCCAUCACCUGGCAACACUGCAACGUUACCUCGUGCGGCAGCGAAUGCAAGGACACGACCCAUUACUGCACCGUGGUGAGAAGGCUGAGGCUCUGCCUCAUUGAUCUGUACAAGCAGAGAUGCUGUGAGUCCUGCCAGCAGGAGACACCGGCCAUCCAGUGAUUGGAAAGAAGAAAAACCACAACACGUGUUCAACGCGGGGACCUGAGUGCACCAGAGACAUAGCCCUACAUUAAAACCCUUAGCCUUCACCCUCUAAAAGAACAGACUGCUUCCUCAGACUCUGAGAUUUAUACUGGAAUAUGCUAUUGUUGCACCACUGCUGAACGAUACUGCUUGUUAAUGAGGAAUUUCUCCUGUAGAUAACGGCACAGAGCAUAUGCUUUUUCGACCUCCGGAGAUUUUGUGAACUGUUAAGAGGACUGAAAUGAAGAAGGAAAGCAGAGACACUGUCCUUUGUCGUGGACACUCGCGUGAUGCAGAGGAUGACCUACAGACGUGGACUGAAGGAGCCUUUCUCGACAUUAACCCAUCCAACGCUGUAACGCUGACUGCAGUACCGGCCGCAAUGCGCGUGUCCGGCCUUUACCGUUUUACACACUUCGGCAGCACUUAAUCGACGACUCGAUGAUUAUCGUAUGCCACGCGUUGCAUUCGUUUCGUUACCCGCGAUGACAUCAUGCUGCUUAUCUCUCAUACUGUUCCUUCUUCUUCUGACGCAAUGUUUUCUGUUUGCAAGAGGAGUAAGGUUUUGUAGCAUGUGAGAUCCUUCCUACCUUACAAAAAUACCACAAGCUUAAACCUGUUGAUGUGCUAUACGUGAAAAAUAUGGUCAGAAUACUUAAACAAGUGACUAUGCACCAAUGGCAUUGUUCAUCCCUUAUAAUGGUGUCCGGGGAGUAUAUAUAGUGCAGCCUCCCAAACAUGAUAAAUUGUGCAUUGUAGAUGACUUACAUAUCACACCUUUGCAACACCUUUCCAAAUUCUUAAGGUAGAUUACAGCUGUAACUGUGAAUCUUUUAAGCCUUUAAUCAAGACCAUUAUAAAUCUCUUACAGUGAAGAAAAUGUAUGAGGGAUUGAUAACAGACUUAAACUGGUGUACAUGUUAUAUGAGUGGAACAGUAGCCUGGUUAAAGGGGCUUAGUUUUAUGGAUGUGUGUCAAUCUGCAGCAACUGCCCAGAGUCCAGAAUGAAAGCCACUGAAAAAAUGCCUUUACAUUCUUUUGUAUUCACUGUAAAAGUGUGACAAAAUGAUCAGUUGUGUGCUCUUGAAGGCUUCUCUCAGUAGUGGUAAAUGGAUUGACUGUGUGUGUAGCAUAUACAUCUACAAAUGUAUUUUGUUAAGGAUUUAGAGAAAAGUACAGAGCCCUUUAUAUGACCAUUCACAUGUGUGAAGGCAUGAUAAGUAUUCAGUCAUUUUGGAGAAGCUGAUUAGUCUUGAAUUAAGGCUAAAUCAAAUAGCAAACAGUCACGUCCUAAUGUGUAAUUUAGCCUUACGUCACGGCUAAACAGAUAAAGCUUAAUGUUUAUACACAGCAGACUUUAUAUUGUACAGUACACGUCUGCUGUGGACAGUGGCAUAUGUCCGAGCGAGAGACCUGGGUCUUUUGUGCGGGGGAGACAACCCUGUCUGUAAGGGGUUGUGCCUUGUGGCUGCAAAGGCUGUAGGUUUGAUCACCAUUUGGACCACACCAGUAACUAUCUAAAUACAGAAUCAAAUGUAAAAACACUUAAACCAGGACUACAGGUAAUAGGAAUAUAAUUGGUUAUUUGACUUUGGAAAUGAAUGCUGCUUUUAUUUGAAUAACUUUCAACAGAAGGACAAGCAGUGUUCAGAACGGUACACAACCACGGCAUGGCCAUGCAUUGGAGCAUUUUGCUUCCUGAAUUCUGAUAAAGGGUCUCAUUUUUAAUGUUUUUUUUGUUUGUUUCAUAUUAAUGUAGUGCA